AUGGCUGAUGUAGGCCCGGCGGUGAUUAAGAAGUACCUGGGCCGACAGAAACACGAUGUACAACCACACGUGUACGCUGUAGCAGAUGAGAUGUACCGCAAACUGAUGGAAGACAACUACUCGCAGUGUGUUAUUAUCAGUGGUGAGUCAGGUGCAGGUAAGACCGAGGCGUCGAAGCUAAUCAUGAACCACAUCGCACAGUGCUCCGGAAAUGGCGGGGAAGUCGACCAGGUCAAGAAUGUCAUCCUGCAGUCCAAUCCGUUGCUCGAGUCCUUCGGUAACGCCAAGACAUUACGCAACAACAACUCGUCGCGUUUCGGAAAGUACAUGGAGAUCAAUUUUGACCGCAGUGGGCGACCCAGUGGAGGACUAAUCACUAACUUCCUACUGGAGAAGUCACGUGUUGUGGGCCAGCUGGAAGGCGAGCGAUCCUUCCACAUCUUCUACCAGCUGCUCAAAGGCGCCACGGCCGAGGAGAAGGACUACUACGGCUUGUAUGAGCCCGAGAACUUCCUAUACCUCGCCCGGUCCAAUUGCUACACUGUAGAUGGCAUGGACGAUAAGAAGGAGUACGCGGACGUGCUCAAGGCCAUGUCUGUGAUGGGCAUUGAUGCAGACACACAGCAGGCUAUCACGCGGUUGUUGGCAGCGAUCCUGCACACGGGUGAGUUGGCUCUAUGGUGGUGGGGCACGGGGAGGUAG